AUGUCAUCGAAUCUAACCUCGCUCCUUGAACCUUCCCCGUUCGCCACUGCAGUUUCAUCGCCCAUAAUUAAGGCCCAUAAUCAAGGGCAAGAAGUCUUCCUCAAGCAAUGGGUGGAUUCAAAACUCUCUCACAUGGAACGCAACGUUGUUGAAACUCGACAACAACCAUCCAUGUUGCAGGAUCGGCCACUACCACCACCACCAAAACGCCAAAAGACAAUGUCAUCAACUCCUGCCGAUAUGAGGAGCUCAGCUUUUCCUGCUAUGCAAAUGACGGCUACAAACCCGAUGGAAUCUUACUUCUUGAGACCUCCAGGACAACAGCCAAUGGCAUUUCCGACUUCUGGAUUGUAUUCUUCGUCGGGAAUCGACAUGAUCGGAAUACUCUCUCGAGUUGCUCAUCGCCCGAAUCCAGUGAUUGAUCUAGGGCCAGUUGAUUUAUCGUCGUCUUUUCUCGUUGUGGACGCCAAAAAGGCCGAUAUGCCGAUUGUAUACGCUUCUGAAUCAUUCGAGCGACUGACGGGCUACUCUGGGCAAGAAAUUAUGGGCAAGAACUGCAGAUUUUUGCAAUCUCCCGAUGGUCUCGUUGAGAAGGGCAGCAUACGUCGAUUCGUCGAUAACUCUGUCGUCCAGCAACUCAAAUCAUCAAUUGAAAACAGACAGGAAUGUCAAUAUAUCAACAUCAAUUAUAAAAAGUCUGGAGAGCCAUUCGUCAAUCUCAUAACAGUCGUGCCGAUUGAUCUUGGAUCGGGUGAAACCUCGUAUUUUGUUGGCUUUCAAGUUGACAUGAUGCAGCAGUCACGAGCCAUUCUUAGGAGGCUUGAAGACGGCUCGUAUGUUAUAGACUUCAACAGCAAAGAACAACACGAGUCCGCACAUCCGAUACCAUCUGCCUCAUCAACAACAGCACCGAUGCCAUCAAUACCACAACCGCCACAAAUGAUGAGGAAUGUGCAACAGCAGGCUCCACUACAAACUAUGCCAGAUCUUGGCAAAUCAACCGGUAUGCGCCCGUAUUCAAGCAACCCAUUCCAAAUACCGACAAGUCCUGAUGAUAUACCCGAUCUCUUUGGACAAUCAUCGCCGUCGUUCAUAGGUGGAUCUACUACAUCAGGACGAACGCCUAGCGUCGAUGAGAAUAUGACUUCUGGGGCUACAAUUGCUGCUGCAUCGUCAGGAAUGGGGCAACAAGAAGAGGAUGAACAACAACAACCACCAGACUUUGACUUUGAUGUAGAGUCUAUUGCAGAGCAUGAGCCAUCUGCAUAUCCAGAGGGUACCAUAGAUCCAGAAACUCUGAGCCACUAUAACUUGGUACAGAAUGGGCCCGACUUUAUACAUAUCUUGUCGUCACGAGGCAUCAUCUUGUUUGCUUCGCCAGCAUCAUGUAAAGACAUGUUUGAUUUCGAAGCUGGUGAGCUUAUCGGCAGGAAUAUUGAUAAAUUCUGUCAUCCGGGAGACUUGAUUUCUCUAAUGAGAGAACUCAAGUUUUCUACAUUGAAUGGAAACAUAUCUGCUAUAUAUCGAUUCCGAAAACGUAUUGGUGGAUAUGUAUGGGUCGAAAUCACUGGCCACAAGUAUGAGAUGAAGAAUCGUAAAAAGACUAAAUGCUUUGUCUUGUCUGGCCGUCAAAGAACAACGGGUGAGCUGUCACAACGGGAACUAGCUCUAGACUGGACUCCAUCAUCAGUACUAACAGGUGACUUGCCUCUAUCCGACCGUGGUAGUUUACCAAUAAAAUCCGAUAUAUGGGCCAAAAUGUCUGUAGAAGGCUUCUUCCUGUAUAUUUCAUCUACAUCCGAUUCGCAAAUCCUCAAGGGUGCUACACCAAGUCAACUAUACGGUACACGCCUCGUAGAUCUAGUAGAUCCAACUGAACGGGAUAUGGUGUCUGAAUACCUCGAAUCAACAUCAACACAAUCAGUAGGUUGUGAAUUCACAGCACACAUAAUCCCAUGCGAAAUAUCUUCCGCCAUAAAAGUCACCGAAGCUGUAGCCGUGUCUAUAGGGCUAUAUCCAGCUUGUAUAACAGAUGAUCCAGCAUUUAUAUUCUGUCGUAUUUCGGGAUACUCGUCUGUUGAUGAACGACCAUCGUGGGGAAUGAUGGUUUCAAAUACGAAUAUCUUUGAUGACGUUGCUCUGGAUCAGUCUAGCUCGCUACAAUUCGAGCUCAAUCAACUCAAGAUGAGCAACAAAAGGAUUGUGGAAGAGUUGAACAAGUUUGGGGUUCAUGUCGAAACUGGAAUAACUCAAUCCAAAUCGGUAUAA